UACGACAAGCAUGAACAACGGAAAAGAAUGUCCUCCGCGGAGUACAUUAAAAGAACCCAGUGAAAAUGUCUAUACGGAUCUUUUUCGGACUAAAAACGACAACACCUACGCUGGACUCAUUGGUGUUGAACUGAAAUCGUCGUCAGAGGAGGACUAUCGAAACAAAUAUAUUCUUGUGCAUGAAAAAGGGUCCAGAUACCUUGACACCAAUGCAGGAUCUGCAGCUGCGACAUCAGCAAAGAAAAUCAGUAGCACGAAAAAGACGAUAAUUAUAUUGGGCUCAAUUGCGAUUGUAGUAGCCAUUGUGGCUAUUGUGGCUGUACUGAUUUCACAAAACUCAGAAAAUGAAAGAAUUAUCAGAACGACGACGCCUCCUACGCUGGAUAUUUCCACAGAGAUGACUUCAAUACGGGCAGUAACGGAAGAAAUUAUAACUACAACAUCCAAAAGCACAGAGAGAAAAAUAUCGACUUCGACAGGUGUUGAGAGUACCAUUGCACAUACAAGCAAAAGUACAAACAUAACAGGUACAACAACGGAUACACACAAAGUCCACACUUCGACUGUUCGACCAGGACCGACAACAAGUUUAUCAGCCGGAAGCUGGUCACUGUGGGGUGACUGGACACAGUGCUCAGCUACCUGUGCAUCAGGGAUCCACAAGCGAUACCGUCAAUGUAUUGCAAGUCCGUGCAUCGGCGACUACAUAGAAACCGACAUUUGUACUUCAUCCCCUUGUCCUGUGUUUGGAAAAUGGAUAACCUGGGCUCCAUGGGGCGCUUGUGACGUAUCCUGCGGCGGCGGUGCUCAAACGCGUACAAGAGACUGCCAAAAGAACAAUCCCUCCGACAUCGAUUGUGUUGGUGGAAAUUUGCAGCAACAGAGAUGUUCGACUUGGGAUUGUCCAGAUUGUUCGAAAACCUGUCCUGUCGGGACACUGAAUGGUGAAUGCGACACGUGUGAAUGUUCUUUAACAAUCAAAGGACGCGUGCUAUCAGCAUCUACCAGUAAGCCAGUGACUGGAGCAUCAAUUUUCGCUGCUGCCGCCCCGACACGACCAUUGGCAAUGACGAAUUCGACAGGUUUUUUCAUUCUUGAUACAACAUGUACUGGCACAGACAUCAUCAUAAAGAAAGAUGGCUACAACGACUCUUUGACACAGAUAAAAACAGAAUAUAACGUUCUGAACAUUUCCAAGAUAGUGACCCCUCACUUUAUCCAGACACCGAUGAGCAAGAAGCGGCUUGUUGGCGAAUCCCUCUCACUGUGUUGCCAAGCUGAUGGACUUCCUGAAAUAGACUACUAUGAAUGGUUUAAGGAUUCCCAGCUUCUAGACAUAGCCUUGUACCCAAACGCAACCCUAUUGAAUAUCGAUAAUGUUCAUGAAACACAUUCUGGACAAUAUCAAUGUCGCGCAAAUAGCCCUGCUGGAGCCAUAAUGUCGACUGCAGCUAACAUCCAAAUCAGAGAGUCUCCUGAUGAUUUCUGUGCAGAUUCGUUGCAACAAAAAGCAGUUGCUCUUCCAAGCGACUGUGUCCAAGAGGCCACAAAUACAGCAACGUUCGAGGUAGGCGAGUGCAUCGCCAAAUCAUGUCGACAAAAUGGGUCAAUAGAUGUUCAGACUUGCGGCGAAGGUACACAUUCUUGCUGCUCCGUCAAAGAAUCAAAACUCGAAACUGUGCAAUGUUCAGGCUACACAAUGCAAGUUGUUAUUGUAAACAAAUGUGGGUGUGGACCUUGUUCACCAACCAAAUACAAAAUAUCUGGAAGAGCUCUUUCAGCAAACGAUAACACUCCUGCCCCAUACCUGUAUGUAUAUGUCAAUGGGGAAUUUAAAUCUUACACCAAUCUAAGGGGUUACUUCACUGUCAGUGUAGAAAUAUCUGCAUCUCCACUAACUUUGUAUUUGGUGGAUAAGUACUACAAACAGUUUUUGCCCGCCGUUAAACAAAUUACUUUAUCUGAUGGCCUAAGCGGAACAGUAAAAGUUGAAGUUUACUUAGUUCCGGUUGCUUCACCAAUCGAUAUUGAGUCUUCGAUUGAAAACACGCUUAAUGCACGCUCAGAAGCAAAGACGUCUGCCCCUAAUGUUGAGAUAGUAAUACCGGCAGGCUCAUUUUUCGACGAAAAUGGUGAAUAUUAUAAUGGUACCGUUUCUACAAGUUUUACUUUUCUAGAUACAUCAAACAUUUCUAAUAUAGAACAGUUGCCAGGAGUGUUUAGAUCAGUAGACGACGAAGGUGAAGCAAUUAAUCUUGACUCGUUAGGCGUUUUUAGUUUAUAUUUUCAAGAUAGCGCAGGAAAUCCAUUGACGCUCGGUGGAGAAAUAGAAAUCAAAUUUCCGGAAAAUACUUCACCAGACAUAUUAGAUAAAGAUUUCAAACUCUGGAGUUUGAACACAGACACAGGCGUGUGGGAGGUGAUCAUUCCUUCCUCUCAGUCUUCUAGAAGAAAGAAACGACAGGUAUAUGAAGAGCGGAUAGGGAAUAUUAAUUUAUCAGACUUCGACGAUAUUGGUUGGUUCAAUAUUGAUAUGGUCAGAAACAAUUAUGACAAAUUUUGUUUCUUUAAAACCCGAUUUUACAAGGAUGAGAAACUUAUGCAGCCGAAUAUUGAUCCUAAAAGGGAGUAUGAAUUAAGGAUUAUUUCAAACGGAAAUGGAAUACUCACGGUGAUCUACAACCAUGUACGUCAUCCCGAUAGCAAAUGUAUUACCGUCGGUUGUGAUCAAAAUAUCACAAUGUACAUAUCGGGUUAUUACUACGGAUGGGCCGAAUAUGAACAUAUCUAUUCUGCUGGCCCAGCUAUCAAUACAAGUCUAAAAUUUGAUACACAAGAAAACGAUAAAGUAAUCAAAAUAGCAUUACAGUCAUCAACAAAUGGGCCAUUUUAUGAAGACGAAAAUAUAUGUUUAAAGUCUUCAUCGAACCCCUUGCAAUUUCACCACGGAUACACUGGUCCAUCUAGAUCUAUACCUAUAGAGCUUUGUUCUCAGUUUGCUUCAACGGAUCCUGUGAAUGAAGCGAAAAGGUGCCGUCUUGCAUGGUAUCCAUACAGAGAUAUAGAUGAUCCAUACGUAAAAGAUGGCUAUAAAGUUUGUAAAGCAAAGGUAAAAGUAAGCCUUGGCGGUAUAUCUCAUCUCGAUCGCGAGCAAUUUAUCUCUCUAAAAGUAACGAGCUAUGGCGGAAACAAUUCUGAUAUAGCAAACGAAACCUUAGGCGUUUUAGAGUACGACAUUGACCCAAACUUUGUUGAUAAUAUUAUGUGUGUUGAGUACAAAUGUAGCGGAGUGUACGAUCCGGGAUUUAAUAACAAUUUUGAUAAUACUCGGGUUGAAAUUGCUCUCAAAUAUCCAGAUAGUAAUAUUCAUUGUGAAGUUACUGCCGAAUCGGAAUAUUUAAUUAGAAUAAAUCAGCGUACUCAGGUAGACCGAAACGAUGGAAUAUACGAAUUUGUGGCUCCCGAACCAUACGGUCCAACCAAUGGCCUCUAUUCACACAUAACGGGGUUAAUAGGUACCGUAGAGAGCGUCGAUGCUCUUAAUACUCAGCAGCAAUCGUCAGAAUUGAAUUGCCUGUCUUCAGAUCAAAUGACAAAUACAGUCGUUGAUAACGGGUACGCAGUUCACUUUACCUGUUUCCAAUGAGGUUAGUUUUCUAUUGGCGGAAUCCAUUUGUACUAUUAUUGCUGAUGCUAUAUUUUGAAUUAAAAUAUAUCCACUUCUGUUAAUACAUUAUGUCAUAAUUUUUAAAACCUAUAAGUUUAUUAUUAUUAUUUGUUUUAUUAUUAAAUUUCCUCAAGCUAAUGCAUACGUUGAUAAGAUUUAUCAUUUAUGUUUUUACUUUAUCGGGAUUAUUGGAAUAAGAGUCAGGUUGUGCACGUAAACUUGUUUAAACCCUCAGUAAUUUUACACUUUACUGGCCGUUGCAAGGCGGUACCUUACAAUCCUUGAUAAACACACUGUUGUUUCAUGUUUCUGGUUUCUGAUUGAUUGUUUUUGUGUAUUAUAACUUUGGCGUUUACCCUGUGCCAUUAAACGAGGUUUAUGUUGAGACUUUCGGCUACUGGGCUUGUUUCUGUAGUGUUUCAUAUAAAUACUUAAAUGGAAUUGUAUUAUUUCGUCCAUUAAAUAUGCUAUUUACAAGUACAUUUUAAAAGCGGUGGUUCUAUAGUUUGCAUUGAUGACGUCUGUAUUGUAUAUCCACAUCAAUUCGUUGGACUUCGUUCUGAAAAAGGAAUAUCGCUUAAGCUGGAUCGGUGAUGGUGUUGCACAUAUCAUUACUAAUCGUCGGUUAUAAUAAAUAGUUUAAUUCAAAUCGAUUUCGAUAUAUAUUGUAGUAGUUUUCAAAUUUUGUAGGUACUCAGUGCUUUCGGUUUAUUUAUUUAUGAAGAAACUUCACGAAAUUCACCCAUGUUGCAGCCGAAACUUAACAUGACCAUACAAGUUGACCAUGUCAUUCACUGUGAUCACUUGAUCACUACCUUAAAAAAAUACUUAAAACAAUUUUUAUAUUCAGUUCAGAUGAAGACUUACAAUUAUAUUUCUAGUAACUUCUAGCUAAAUCAUACUUUUAACAAAAUCUUGGCAAAUAGUAUUUCAUCCGGAAUAUUCCAGUUCAAUAUAAACAUCCGUUCUCUUUUUUUCAAGGUUUUCAAGAAUUAUGUCGGACACAUGUGAAUGUGAAACUUUUUGAUAUAACUGGGAUAUAUGAACUAAUAUACUAUAUUUUAUUAAGUAUUUGACAUGGAUAUACUUUGUUAAUAAGAAUAUGUGACUUUUAUCAAUAGAUAAGUUUUCUUUCAGAGAUUAACAACGAAUAUAUAUAUAUUGUGUAUAUAUAAUGCUUACUGUCGUGUAUUUGUUUAAACAUAUAUUUCGUGCACAUUUCCUGUUAUUGUGUUUCAUGUAUCUUCUGUAAAAAGUUAGUAAUAAACUUGUAGUCAUACAUCA